UUAGGAGACGAGUUAACUUUCAACUACAACCUGGAUUGCCUUGGUAAUGAUAAAACUGUGUGUAGAUGUGGUGCUCCAAACUGCAGUGGAUUUCUUGGUGACAGGCCCAAGAACUCAACUGUGGCAUCUCAUGAUGAAAAAAGUAAAAAACCCAAGAAGAAAAACCGAAGGCGGAGAACGAGGACUGACGCAAAAAAAGAAUCUGAAGAUUAUUGCUUUCGUUGUAAUGAUGGUGGCGAACUGAUCCUGUGUGACAAAAAGUUUUGUACAAAAGCUUAUCACCUUUCUUGCUUAGAUCUUGUCAAAAGACCUUUUGGUAAGUGGGAAUGUCCAUGGCAUCACUGUGACGUUUGUGGAAAAGGUUCUGUAGCAUUUUGCUCUUUGUGUCCAAAUUCCUUCUGCAAAGUACACCACGAUGCGGAACUGUUUACACGAUCUGCAGACGGACAGUUGUGCUGUUUGGAACAUGACCUUGAAGAUUGUCUUGAAAGCCAAGUUAUUGAAAAUAUACCCAAGGAGUCUGCAAAAGCAAAGUCUAAAAAGAAUCUUAAAACGAGGCACUCAACUUGAGUUCACUAAUUUUAUGGGACUGCAGCUUGUUCUGCUAACACUAUUGUGUGUAUGUGUGUAAAUAUAUAUACUUAUUUUGUGAAUAAGGCUGAGAAUGAACCAAUUUACGUCAAAUGUUGUAUAGCUAGCUUGCAUAUUUUUUUUUAAAUUCAGGACAAAAUACAUUCACUGAGCCAUCUUCUGCAGCUUUUGCUGCAUCUGCACUGAUACUUAACUGUGGUUUCACAGUUUAAAUAUUGUCAGGACACAACCAGUUUUACAAAGCAUUACAGAAUACGUUUACUAUUUAACAAUAUUAAGGUUCUUGCGUUUCUUAUGAGCAGCAUGUACACAAGAUUUUACAUAAAAAUAAUCCCUUUAAUGUUUAAACCAUAAGAUUCUGUUUGCUCUGUUUUAUCCAUGUCUAGUGUUUUUAAUCCUAUUUUGUAGUCCAGACACUUAGGUCUUUAACAUAAUUUUAUUUUUUCAGAAUUGUUGAAUGAAUCUGUACACAUUAUUCAUAUUCACUCAAAAAUUUUUAAAGAUAUAGGGCAAUAUGACACCAUCUUGUCUCAUUUUCAGACUUCAAAACUUUUUGUUUUAAGGGACAUGAAACCCUAAAUCUAUCUUUUAUGAUUCAGGCAGAGCAUGCAUAUUGUAAACAUCUUUCCAAUUUAAUUCUCUUGGUGUCAUUUGUUGAAAAGAAUACCUAGAUAGGCUCAGAUAGCAAUGCACUACUGGACGCUAGCUGUUGAUUGGUGGGUACACACAUACCUCUUAUAGUCUCACCUGAUGUGCUUGGUUAGCUCCUAGUAGUGCUUUGAUGUUCCUUCAGCAAGGGAAAAGAGAAUGAAACCUAUUUGAUAAUAGAAGUAAAUUGAAAAAUUGUUUAAAAUUGUAUGUUCUAACUGAAGUCCCUUUAUUUUCUGUUAGUUGUAGACCGUUAUUUACAGACCUUUUCUGCUCAAAUGGUGUAAUAGUUUACAAAUGCACAGUUGCUACCUCACAUGGUUAAAUGUGGCUAAAGUUUAAAAAAUUACAUUCAAAUUCUAUCUUGAGUUUCUAUGGAUGCCUUGCUGAAUAAGGUUUGUAAUUAUGGUUUGAAGGAAUUUCCUUUUGUUAUACAAUGUGUUUAGUAUUAAUGACCUUUUCCAGUUAACUUGUGAGAAUAGAUUUGUUUUGAACAUUUAUCACUAUGCCCUUAGAAAUUUUCUCUGAAGUGGUAUUGAUCGCUAAUAAAUCUCCUCUAUAAAAAGGAGGGUCUGUAUGUGAACAUGCUUGACAAUGGGCCAGAGUGGAAGUCAGAAAAUUAAUUCUUGAAUUUUAGAGUAGCUUUAAGAUUUAGGCUUUUAAAAUCUAUUAAAGGGAAUUUUGCUAUAAAACUGCUAGCUGUUAAAGAUUUGUGGGUGUGUUUCAUUGUGUUGUGUAAACAAUUUGGAACUGAAUUAGCAGACCUACAUAUAAAUUAGCAUUAGUCUUACAAAGCAGAGCACAAUCCAUGCCUCAGCUGUGUUUUCAAAUACAAACAAAAGGACACUACAUCCAGCACUUCGUAUUGACAGAUCCGGUGUGAAGGAUUUGUAGAUGUGGAAUCAUGGUUAUAACUGACCUCUGCUUUUGAAUAGAUUAACAUCUUGCCAUUUUUUCAAAGAACAAACAGUGAUCCAAAUGCCAGACUUUUCCUCUGUGGAAAUAUCACAGAACACAAGACAGUCAUAGUUUCCUUGUAAUAAAAGGCUGGAAGGUUGAUAACCAUUUUGUAAACCACUUGUAUGCGUUAUUUGUCUGUGUCCGUUCUACUGUUAGCAAACAGAGUAUGUAGUGAGCUGGCAGAGUAAUGAUAUUGUAAAGACACCAUAAUUCAUUAGUGACUUGGUUAUAUUAAUGUGCCUCAUUUGACAGUGUUCAUGUUUGGUUGUACCUAGGAAGUCUGGGCAAUAAAUGGUUCUGAAGUUGCAGAUUUAAAUGUAUUUUAAGAAUACUUAUUAAGAGAUUGUGUUACAAUACCUGUGUCAUUUGCCUAUUUUUACUGCAGUUAGUAUUCCUGUAAUACCUUGUCAAAAAGCUACCUAAAGUGGCUUUUCUAGAUUGAGAUGAUAUAAAAGAUGCACUUUAUUAUCUUAAAUAGUCUGUAACUUAGUCCAAUUUGAAGAUUAUAAACUGUAUUGUGUUUAGUCUUCCUCCACUUUCCCUAAACUAUUUUAUUCUUAGGAUUGUUUAUUGCCAAGAACUGCAUUGUGUGUGUAUUUGUUUUUAUUGAUCUGUGGUUUUAUUGGCACUUCUGUUGUAGGUUAAGAAUCCAGCCUCUGUAUUUUAUUUUUAUUUAGGUUUUUAACAUUACCUUUUUACACUGUACAUUUAUCUUCAAAAUAAUCUUAUCACGCAUUUUGAGCCAGCUGCCACAUCUAGUUAAAUUAAAACUUUUUCUUAAUAACCGGCUUUUGCUUACACCAAUUUGCAAUUUAAACAAUAAGUGGUGUCCUAUUUGAAUUUGUUGCAUUGAGACCUCAGGGUUUUAGGACAUACCUUCUAUGCUGUGUGUACAGGAGUCAAUGUGGUGUCAUUGCAUUUUUUAUUUUCUGAAAGUUGUUCUCUUAAAUCAAUAUGUCUCGGAUUUAAAAGUUUUCUGUUAAGGUGAAAUUAAAGUGUAUAUUAGUGUUUUACUAAAUUUCUUUAAUGUGUGGUAAGCCUUUACAUUUUCAUUAAUAACAUUCAUACUUUAGGUUAAAAAAAGAAAAAUUGAGAUUAGAAUUCAAACACUUUUAUAUUUAGACCAUAAAUGUAAGUUUUCUACCAUAAUGUAAGGAUGAGAGUACAAAGAUUGUUGUGAAUUUCAGUUCUAAAUCCUAGUUUGUAUGUGAGUCGGCUCAAAGAUACUCAGUCAAAGUAGUUUAAAGAUUUGGCUACCUUUCUUUUGAAAUAAUCAGGCACUUCCAGGUUUUUAGUCCUGAGGAAGAAUAUACGCAAAUUAAGGAGCCACAUGCAAUCAACUUUAAAUAAUUCUAGUAAUGUAUAAAAGCCUAGUUCAGUAUGUACCUGGAAUAAUUUCUGUUUCUACCUCAAGAUGGAAUGGUCAGUGUGUAUACAUUGUUAUCCAUCUAACAUUGUGUAUUGCUUAAAUAUGGGGUCAUUAGCCGUUAAAUGUCAUUUUCUGCAUGGUAGUGUACUGUUAAUUUCUCAAACAAAUGGAAAUUCUGUUACUCUACCUGUAAUGAAAGUAUCAAUAUUUAUACAUUUUAUGCCUGAUAUAUGCUAUCAUUUCGAUCCAGUUAAACAUUCUCUAGUUUAAAGGCCCCCAAUACAUUUUAUAUAUGUAUGUGUGUAUAUAUGUAUAUAUAUAUGUAUAUAUAUGUAUGUAUGUAUGUGUAUAUAUAUAUAUAUAUAUAUAUAUAUAUAUAUAUAUAUAUAUAUAUAUGCUCUUUCACCCCAAAUAUUCUGCCUUUUCAAACACACUCAAAUUAAAGUCCCUAGUUCAGACCAUACUCUUUACUGUAUGAUUAUAAAACGUAAUUUGCUAGUUUAAAUAUAGUUAGUAUUUCGAAAUGUAGUUGACAAUGGAAGAAUUUGUAUUUGUUUUCCUCACUUUUAACGUCAUUACAAUAUUUACAUAUAGGCUUAGGGGUUGUAAGGACUGCUAAAAUCAGGCUUAUGGUGUAAAUCGUCAUAUGGAAAUGUAUAAGAACUUGUCGCAGUUGAACAAAUAUGCUGAUCUUAACAAAUUUUAAAAAUGUCCAUAAAAUUAUUCUAUUGCAUUGUUACAUGACCUGCAAAUGGGUGCAUUUCUUAUACCGAAUUCCCCUUCAAUUUGUGUGUUUAUUUUUUAUUUUAUUUUUUGCAUCUGCUACACCUGAUUGUAUGUCUUAUAUGUGCCAUGGCUAUUAAAAUGGAUGUGUUUACAAUAGUAUACAUGUCAAUUGUAAUAAACAUUCUUUACACUCA